AUGACGAACCCACCCUCGAUAGUAUUAGAGCCAGCACCGCCGGAAACGCCGAGAAGUAAAUCAGCACAAAGUAUACUGCAAGGACUGAACCGAUUAUCUACCCCUUCGUUUCUAUUCGGACUAAGCUUUUCACCGACAUUCCAUUUCAACACUCCAAGCGGGAUUUCACCAAGCAGGCUCUUCAGCCCGGCAAAGGCUUCAGGCAGACCACAUGUGGAUAAGAACGCCACACAACUAACAAGCAAAGACCACAACAAAUUUCUUGCCUCCUUAAAUUCAAUUUCUCAAGCUACUGAUGCUGGACGUCAGAAGAGUUGUUCUAACUUAAAGGUUAACGCAGAGGAGAAAGAAGAAGAAGAAGAAGACGAUGGGGAGGAGGAGAAAGAGGAAGACGUAUGGUCAUCCAUGAACAUAACACAACAAAGCCAAUCAAAUCUUACUUCUAUCCACGAAAGCGACAAAGACAUAUGCCUGUUUGAUCUCGAUGGAAGUAAAUUUGACCAUUUUCUUACACCUGAUAAGGUAUUUGAUCACAAAUCCAACGAAUCACUUGCAAAACUGGGUUCUGAUGUCUCUUCUCAAAUAUCUCCGGCAAGAAGUGGAUCUUCGAUUUCGUCAAGUGAUUUAUCAACAAAGAGAAGAAAACUAAGUGGUAUUACCGACACCCCCAAUAACAGAAUAGCGAACAAAAUAGACUCAACAAUGGACUCACCGGUUUCUGUGAGAAGAUUAAGUAACGCUAAUUCAGCUGCAUCCUCAUCUGCAAGCGAAGUUUGGAGUCGAGAGUUGGAUGAUGUGUUGAUAAAAUCUUUCCACAAGUACCAGAAAUUCAAACUGAGCGAAUCUUCCAACGAGUUGUCCAUUUUAAAGAAGACUUCCCAAAAUAAAGUCAUUUCCCGAAUGAUCUUCAAUAGAACUGGCGUUUUGAGAACGUCCAAGCAAAUAUCUUCUCGAAUUUUCAGAUUAAGUAAAGCUGGAAAGCUAACAAAAGAGACAAAAACGCCACAAACCAAUGCUUCAACAAGUGAGCUUGAGGAAAUGAUACUUACACCGUUGGAAGACUUGGUCAAUAGUCAACAACUACCAGAGUCCGCGCAUACAGAUGCCUUGAUCGAUCGCGAAUUAGAUAUAUUGUUGACUUCGUCUCCGUUGGAUGACGUUUUUGACGCAAAAACAAAGUACAUGCUUACUCCAAAAGAUUUUAAAAUGUGCUUUCAUGAUCACAGACAGUCAGUAAUCUUUACUCGUCUUAAGAAACAGAUGCGCAGUGACAACAAAGUCCUUGACAAGUUCGGUUCGCUCAUUCCUUACACAAUAAACCUGCGCAAGAUACCGGUGUGGGUAUUUCAGCAUGACUUGGACUUGCGUAUUGCAGAUGUUGCCACGUCUACACCACUGUCACAAUCCUGCUCCCCAAAUUUCGCCAAUGUAAUGAGUUUAUCUCAUUCCCAAUUCGAGUCCAUUAUGUCAAUUGAUGUUUAUUGCGAUGGAAGGUAUACACCGCUGAUGCUUACUUGGUACAGCUCUAUUGAAGUAUACAAGGAUGGCAAGAAACUACUCCUGGCAGUUGAUAUAGUUAGUGGCUAUUGCAGUGAGGAUUCAAGACUGUACACUUUAAGGGUUCCUUUUGUCAAGACUUUUUUUGCCGGGUAUUUUAAUUAUUUGAUCAAUGGGUCUGCCAUAGGUUCGGGCGAAGAUAUCAAGAUUGUACAGUUUAUAUACAACAACGCUGAUGAAUCAAAUUCACAAUUGGACUUGGAAAAGUCUCAUUUUCAUGCAUGUAUGGUUCACGAUUUCCAUGUGACGGGCACAAGGGGAGAAACAGUUGUCACGAUCGUGGACUCAAGAAAUGUUCCACCAGUCGCUGAAUCCGAUGACAAUGAAACAGUCAUUGCUGAGUCAUCUCCCUGCAGACCGUCAAACACUCCUCAACCAUCAACAAGGAACAGGGAAACUCCCAGCAAGUUGAAAAUCGACAUAAACAGGGCAAAUGUCAACCACAAUAUUCCAUCGGGGCCAAUGACUGCCCCCAUUUAUAAUUCUAGCCUCGUGAAUGAACUAAACCGCAACACUUUAGGAGCGCUUGAAAAGCAGAACAGAUUCACUCAUGCUCAGCUAGUACAACCACCACCUGAACAGCAGCAAACUGAUCAGUUUGCUAUGUAUCGGAAGCAGUUACAAUACUCCUUUGACUCGAGCCCUGAUAUUAGAUCUAAUAUCAAUGACACCGUUGAUAUUGAGAGCAUGGGCAAUGUGUCGUUGGGGAAGUUUCAUUCAAGAGCUCAGCAGGGCAACAUGCCUAAUGUAGCAAUCCAUGAUAACCAGUACAGGGUGCCUAAUAAUGGAUUACAAGCACAAGCUGUAGCCGCUCGUGCGCAUUUGGACAGUCAUGUGCGCUCACAAGCUCAACAGUCAUACCCACAACAGUUUUAUCAGUUUCCUCAACAGCAGAUGCCCCAAAUGGCGACUCAAUUUCUACAAAAUGACCCCCUCGGUAUCCCAAUCCCGUCGGUAGGUAGACCAGCAAAUAUUCAAAUCAUGUCUCAACAUCAAAAUGCGUCGACACCUUCUCAGUUUCAUCUUCAACCAGGGCAGCCUCGUUGUAGUCAUUUGAUCCCAAACACAAAUACAAAUACUACGAAAUACCGCCCUAAACAACAUCUGCGUACACACCUAGCGCAUUCAAAUGGCGAUAAAGAAAACAAAACAAAGGAGAUUACUUUUGGGCCAAUUUUAGGAUAUGAUCCAUCGAAAGAUGCUAAAAUCACACGAGCACAAACUAAGCCCACCAACCAAGCAAAAGGGGUUCAUACGUUCCCCUUGAAUGAACCAGUCAUGUACAAACCGAAAAAAUAG